UGAGAGAGUGAGGGAGUGAGGGAGUGAGAGGGUGAGAGUGAGGAGGGGAGCGAACUGCGCUCCACAGUCAGCGGGGCACGCAGCGCUCAGCGGCCGGGCUGUGGACGCUGCUCCCCGGCAGCCGCACCGAGCCUCGCCGCUCCGGAGCACCGAGCCGCGGGCAGCGCCGUCAUGGGGGUGUCGCUGCGGAGCUGGGUCGCCAACGAGGGGGCGAAGCACGUCGUCCUGAUGCUGUGGCUAGGGACCAACACCUGGCUCUUCCUGAGGACCUUCCUGCUGUACUUCUCAGGUCAUCAGUACCACUACCUCUACAAGAUGCUGGGGCUCGGGCUGUGUGUCAGCAGGGCGUCGGCCUCCGUGCUGAACCUGAACUGCAGCUUGGUGCUGCUGCCCAUGUGCCGCUCGCUGCUCACCUUCAUCCGAGGAACACACGCCGUGUCGAGCAGAGAGACUCGCAGACUGCUGGACAAGAGCAAGACCUUCCAUGUGGCCUGCGGGGUUUCCAUCUGCAUCUUCUCUGUCGUGCACGUGUCGGCUCACCUGGUGAACGUGGUGAACUUCAGCGUCAGAUACUCGGAGGACUUCCCUGCUCUGAACCUGGCUCGCUACAGAGGACAGGACCCCAAACUGAUCAUCUUGACCACAAUCUCAGGACUCACCGGCCUCCUCCUGGUGCUCAUCCUCUUCCUCAUGUUCACCUCCUCCUCCUCCUGCGUACGGUUGUUCAACUACGAGAUCUUCUGGUACACACACAACCUCUUCAUCGUCUUCUACGUCAUCCUCAUGGUGCACAUGGGCGGCGGAGCUCUGAAGUACCAGACCAACGUGGAGGCCCACCCCCCAGGCUGCCUGAGAGCCAAUCAGAGCAGCCCGGAGCGGCAGGGGGCGGAGCUAGAGCAGGGCGAGGAUGAAGCGAGGCGGUGCGGAGAGGAGGCUCACUUCCAGCCACACUACCCCCAGUGUCCCUCAGAGAACAAGGAAACCUUUGGCAUUCAUCUACGAGUCGUGGGAGACUGGACUGGUGCAGGUGCACAGGUGCACAUACAGGUGCAAGUGCACAGGUGCUAG